ACACACACACACACACACACACUCUCUGUCUCCCUGUAAGCGGAUCUGACAGCAGCUGCUGGGUGUCACUCUACAGAAGCAGCUGGACCAUGUGCUGCUGUUGUUGUUGUCGUGGUCCAAGAGGACGGAAACAUAGUGCCAAGUCGUUCCGAAUACGUCACAGUAUUUAUUUUUCUGCAGUACCGUCAGAGCUCGAGACUGAUAUUGUCACAGGGAUGGUAGAAAAUGUAGUCACAUGUUGUUAUAGUAUACAGCUGAUUGUGUGACUCAUUCUUCCACAUGUACUACUACAGUACACGCCUGUUAGCUUUCCAGCUUGGACAAGAAACUGUUGGUAGCACCGGUUUGGAUUAUUCAGAGCUAAUGUGCCUGCAGGGUUCUUCCUGUUUAAGUUUGGAUCUUCAUGGUUGACUGCAUUUAAUGAAAGUAGCUUUAGGAAAAAGCAUCAGCUAAAUGAAAUGUUAUGAUGUUGCAGGAGAGCUCCUUGAUAUUGUAUAAAUGUUACCUUUCUCUGGUUGUCAUAACAAACCAUUUCUUUGGACUGAAAAACAAGACAUUUAAAGAUGAGGCUCAUGAACUUUGAGAGACAGCUUUUACUGUUUUCAAUUUUUAAAAAGCAGAUGUAAGUUGCAGCCCUAUUUGUUAAACUAAUGUCUGUGUAUCUUAACUUUGUUCCAGUCUUGAGGGGGAGGAGCCAGAAGAGACACGGUGUUUGUUUCUGUUUCCUGUCUGGGAGGAAACAGCUUAACGUCUGAGAAAUGUGAAACUGACGAAUCGGAGGAGCUGUCACUCAAAACAGGACCACACCCCCCACCAUCCCCAUCAGCCAAUCAGCACGCAGUCUGAAGGACCAUCAUGCACCUGAAGUCGUAUCCGAAGCUCAUGCGCUCAGAGUUGCGUUUGGAUGCGUCGCAGCGGAGCAGCCUGUUUGUGAACCAGCAGGGGGCGCUGAUGAGGACCUGCAGUCGCAACAAUGCCAACAACAUCAGCCGCCUCCCGUUCAGCGUCAUCUCCACCAACACCAUGCACUGCAGCAACGCCACCAACAACAACAACAUCAGCAGCAACGUGGCGGGAUGCGAGAACAACGGGAUCAGAUUCUACCAAACCACGACGGAGGAAGCAGACGCCCCGCUGGACAUCUGGACCGUCAUCAAGCCUGGACACGUCCGGGAAAAGAUCGCCAUCUUCGCUUCAGACGAAGAGCAAACGGACGGCGCUGAAGGCAGUGAACGCACCUCAACCGGCGGCACAGAAAACCAGGAGCGGACGCCUGAAGUCUGCACGAACACAGCGGUGAUGUCGGGAAUGUUGCGAGGGGUGAAGGCGAAGGGGAGCUGGGAGGAGAACUGUAACGCUAAGAGGCGCCGCAGGUCGGGGAACAACCAGAACCUCCAGCAGGACGCAAAGCCCGGAGACCAGGAGACACAGCAACACGUCCUCAGUCCAUCUCCACUGAGAGCGGUGUCAACGCUGCAUUCAGGCGGCGGGCCGUGUGCAAACGAGGCGCCGCCGGAGGACGAGGAACAGAAGGUGUCGGUCGUGGAGAUGGUGGCGUUCCUGGAGCAGUUAGCCAGCGAGCAGCAGCCCGACUCCAAACCUCUGCUGACCCUCCAGAGGAGCUCCGCCUCCAUCACGCUGUCAAGAGCUCUGCCUCCCGAGGGGUCAGAGGUCAGGGGGGAGGAGCCAGAGAGCGUCAGGGUGUCGGACAUGGUGGCCAAGCUGGAGUCAGAGUGUCUGAAGAGAAGGACGGAGGGCGAUCUGUCGAGGAGCAACAGCCUGAGGAGGGCGGUGGGAAGAGUGCUGCUCGCUGCCUCAGAUCAGAGCCCCGCCUCAGAUCAGAGCCCCUGCCCGUCAUCUCCAUCAGCGAUGACAUCAUCAUCAUCAUCACUGCUGGGAGCUCAGAGUGAUGACAGCGAGCCAAUCAGCUGCCCAGAAACACCAGCAGCUCCGCCCCCCUCAGGUGAGGUGGAUGAAGCCCUUCCCCUCUCACUCACCGAGGGGGCGGAGCCUCAGCCCGGUUUGUUGUUUUUGUCCCGCCCCCCCCUCUUUCCUCAGAGCCCCGCCACCCCCUCGCCGCCACAGAAUGUCUUUGACCUGGAGCUCAGCCCCCCUCCUGCUCCCUGUGACUCUGGCAGCCAAUCAGAGAAGAGGAGGAGGAGGAGGAAGGCUGACAGGCAUCAGGAGGAGGAGCCUGUUGCCGUGGUUCCUCUGGUGCGGCGCCCCUCUGCGUCGCAGGACUUCCUGUUGAUGCGUCAGCGGCUGCAGCAGCUGUUGGAGCCGCAGCCCUUUCUGGCCGUUCUGCCGCACCACAUCCUGCUGAAGAUCUUCAGUCUGCUGCCCACGCAGAGCCUCACCGCGCUCAAGUGCUCCUGCAACUACUUCAGGUUCAUCAUCGAGGACUACGGCGUCCGGCCCGCCGACUCGCUCUGGGUUUCGGACCCUCGUUACCGUGACGACCCCUGCAAGCAGUGCAAGAGACGGUAUGUGCGCGGCGACGUGUCGCUGUGCCGCUGGCAUCACAAGCCGUACUGCCAGGCGCUGCCUUACGGGCCCGGGUACUGGAUGUGUUGCCAUGGCGCCCGCAGGGACAUGCUGGGCUGCAACGUGGGUCUCCAUGACAACCGCUGGGUCCCGGCGUUCCACAGCAUCAACGUGCCGAUCUACAGGAGCCGCCGUCACCAUGACGACAGAGACUGAGUGUGUGUGUGUGUGUGUUGUGUGUGUGUGUGUGAGAAACAGGUCACUGAUGCUGACAUGAACUCCAGCUCCCAUGAUGCAACAGCAGGUCAGACUUCUCCUUCAAAAAAAUAUCCCUUUGGACACGUCUGUGUGCAACAAUUGAAGUGUUUAAAAAUAAAUAAAUAAGAACUAUUUUAAAAGGUAAGCAAACUUUAACCUUCAUGAGUUUGGAGGUAACGUCGACCUGAGUUGCGGUCAGAGCGGCGCCGCCUGCUGCUCCUCCGCCUCCUCACAGCAUCCAUUAAGGCUAGAUCUAAUUGUUUAUCUCGUUAAAGUGAGGAGGGGUCUCGUUCAGGACUUCUUCUCCUUCACUGCUGCUGAGAUUAAAACCUGAAGAUCAGCUGAUACUUAGAGCAAGUUCAACUAAAACUCGUUUCUGAUUAAUACUAAAAUCAUCGUCCCUAUAUUUUCCUCAUGUCAAUAAGACUCCAACAGUAUCAUCAUGAGUUCAUAUCAAUAUCAUAUCACUUAGGGUUAAUAUCAAAUCAUCAUUAAGUCCUGUUCUGAGGUGGGGAUGUCCAGAUGAACCCAUACAUGCAAACUGCUGCUGUAGUUCAUUAUUUUUGAUUGAAUAUGAAUUGCUAUGUUUCGUUUCAUCUAAAAAAGUCACAUUAAAUAUCCAUCCUCAAUUUUCCAAAGUGUAAGUGAUGUCAGAAUAUGUCUUGUUUUGUCAGGUUCAAAACCAAAGAUACUCAGUUUAAUAUGAUAUCAAUCAAAAAAGCAAUGAAAUCAGUUUUUCAAUUUGACGAUUAUGCGAUUAUCAAAACAGUUUUUCCAUUAAAAGGAUUCUUCUCAGUUUGAAAUCAUCAUUCAUUUCACAUCUUUGGACAAAUCAAGACAUUUGAAGACAUCAUUUUUAAAUUAAAGUGAUUUUGAGGAGUAUUUUCGGACAUUAUUUAACGUGUAAAUGAGUAAAAACGCAUUCAUCAUCUGUGAGGGGGCGGAGCUUCAGCGGGCGCCACGUUUGGAGCGAAGAGGAAUCUACAGAUUUAUCUGCACCUUGCUUGUGUUUACAUUUGUACAUAAAUCCUAAAGAGUUUAUUACGUCUGUUCGUGAACGCCAAUCAGCGGCUGAGGGAUAAUCAUCUUUAACAGGACGGACGUUGUUGUUGUUGUUCUUGUUAUUAUUAUUUUGUCGAAGGGAAAAGAGGAAACGUGGCCUUGAGUCUCGGAGACGCUGCAAUACUAGAGACUGUAGAGAUUAUAUAUAUAUAUAUAUAAAAAUGUGUAUAUAUAUAUAUAUAUACAAAAAAGAAUAUCGGGGGAGAAAGAAAACAAACGGCCUUUGACCUUCAGAGAUUUUUGUUUUUUUUAAGAUAUGUUGGUUUUCUGUCUGCUGGCUGUUUUUGUUAAAGAUGUUUUGCUUUAAUAAAGUGCUUUCUCAUUGGUCUUUGUUUGGGUUCAAA